GAAGUAGUUGCGCUGUAAUGAUCAAUAAUGAAUCUAAUAUAUCCUUUUGUAAUCUGGGGUCUUAUGCAAUUGUUGGCAGUAAACCCUUUGAAGGCCUCCACCACACCUACUCAACCUAUAUCAGCUAAGGAACAGCUAUUAGAAUACUAUGAAAAGGAAUUGCAAAUUUUGAGCAAGGAGUUCACAGAAAAGGCUAAAGAUUUCAGUGAAAAGUUACUCAAGGAUAAAUUACUACAAUAUGCCUCUACGCCCACGAUUAUAGAAUUUAAACAGAAUAUUACCGACUUUUUGCAUAACUAUCGCCUUUUCAGGCGUUAUAAUCUCAGCAUGCAAUUUCUAAGACAAUUCAUAGUUACCACCAUAAAGUAUUACCAUCCGGAAACAAGAAGCCCUAAUCAAGAUACACAAUAUAUUUUGGAUUUGUUAAAAAAGCAAGGCUAUGAUAACCUACGUGAUGAAUAUGAGUUAAAAUUUCAAAAACUUAUUAAAGAAAAAUUGCUCAACAAAUUUAUGGAACUUAAGACACAACUUUUGCCAACCAAUGAGGCCUUACAUAAUUGGUUUAACGAUAUAAAAAAGUGUCAGGAUUAUGAAUGUCAUGAUAAAGAAUUGAAUCGUUUAUAUGAAGUAAUCAAUACACCACAAGAUGAACUGUUGGAUUAUAUCUUGGAAAAUAUUGAUAAUAUUUAUCUUUACUAUACCAGCCAAGCUAUUAAUCUUGCCAAGUCCAUACGAAGAGAUCGCAAAUUAGUACAACUUACUCCUCAAGUAAGAAAACACUUACUCAACUAUAUACACAAAUUUAUUAAGAAAUUUGAAAGAAGUCGCAGUAUUGAUGGAAUCUAUAAAAUCAUUAUGAAUUUCCAUAAUAAUAUUUUAAAGAAUUUUUACUAUAAUAAGGAAUUGCCUGAAAAAGAUCGUCAAUUGUUAAAGACCAUUUUUGAUCAAUACGGUUAUGCUGAAUUUGAAUCUAACUAUCAAUUGAAAUUUAAUAAUUUUAUUAAACCUGGUCUUGUGAAACAUUUUGAUGAUUUUAAAUCAAGCUUAAAUCAAGAAGAACUGAAGCGAGAGCAACCACUUUUGAAGUGGUUUGAUCACCUAAAAGGUUUAACCAGUAAUGCUGAUCGUGUGAUUGAAUUUGCCAAAUUGCCGACGGUACUAACAAGAAUUUAA